AAUGCCUAUAAAUUAAACAUAUGGGUAAUUAUUAAUUACUUUGGAUACCUGAGAAUGACGUGGUAGGUGAAAAUGAAAUGGUGCUUUUAUCAACACGUUUUAUGAUCGAUAGGUGAAAACAUAGUUUAUGAGGUUUGAUAGAUAAAUCUGAUCAUAAAUUGUUUCGACCUUGAAUACUUGAAAUGGUUUAUAUGUUUACAUUAUUCGGACUUGUGGAUAGGCCAAUGAUGGAACGUGUGAUGGGUUUUAAAAGUGAAGUGGUUAUGCCACAGCCAAUAGAUGAAAUGUCUUUGUCUUGGUCGGAGCAAGUGGAGAUGACACUAUAUGUGUGCCUCGAACUUCAUGGGUCUCAAUCCAGACCAAAGUCAAAGCCCUCGAGAUCUUUGUUGCGCAUGUAUUUAUGUUUUCCUUUUAGCGAAUUUUAAAGGCUUCGACUGGUGACAUGUAGUAUUAGAGUUGAGUUACAAUAAAAUGUAUGAUUUGAUGUAGUUUGCAGUAAAAACUAUGUGGUAUAAACUGUAGAUUUAUGUAGUGAGUUCGCAGUAAAAAUAUGAGUUACUAUUUUAUCAAUAUUAUUGAUUGGUAACAUUUUUGAUGUAUAAGUUACAGUAUAUAUUAUUUUUUAAAAUAUAAAUAAUAUUUUAAUAAGAAUAGUGAAAAAAUAAAAUUCAUAAAUAUAAAUAAUAUUUUAUUAUUAUAUUAAAUAAUAUAACUAAACGUAGGGCUAAGUGCUUAUAUGUAUUGUAAAUUGUUAAAAUUGUUAAUAUUCAAAAGGUAGUGGGUAGUUAAUUGACAAACCCAAAAUUUUCAAUAACUUAAAUCUUAAUACAUGAUAUUUUGGUUGAUGUAGAUUUAAGAUUUGAGUUAUCAUUUUUACAAAGGCUAUAAGUCAAAAUUGUAACUCAAUAAUAAUUAAUUAUAACUCAAACACAACUUCAAAAUCUUAAAACUAAUUCAUGAUUGGUAACAUUUUUGAUUUAUAUGCUCAAGUCAACUUAAAUCAAGUGUACUACAUGUUACCAAUCAAAAUUUGUAUUCUUUUGAAUAUCCGAAAAUGUAAUUAUUCUUCAGUUAGAGCUUAAAAUUGGGAAAUUAACCUAACGUAUAACCGUUCAACUAAGCAAUUUUGAGUAGGCCAGAUCAACAACAUGUGCUGUCUCCUUUGCAACAAUAACAUUGUGAACACAAACAUUUUAAACAUCUUUUUAACUCUGUAUCUUCUUAAUCACAGAAAAGUUUUGAAAUUAAAAUAUAGUUUGUGAGGAGAAACACAUCAGAUGGAAGACAACUGCAUGAUGUUUGGCAUAUGGAGUAAGCAUGGGCAUACGGAUCACUUUCCUACUAAAUAAUAUUAGUAAUAAAUAAGUGACAUCUUGUUUACAUUUGCAGCAGAUGUAAGAAGUAAGAAUCUGAUGCGAAUAUCAUCGGGGUCCAUAUAUGAAACAAAUUUGUGACAUCAUGGUUUCGAUUUGGAUAACUCUAAGUUUUGUUCCUCGACAAUUGUUAGGUUCUUUUCCAACUCUUUUAGUUUAGGUACCUAUGAAACAAAACAAAAAUCUGAAUCCAAAAAAUUUAUUAUUAUGAAAAAUUAAUGAAACUUAAAAACCUUUGUUUGAUAGAUUUAGGAACAAAAAGAAAAGAGAGAGAGUAAUUUUUUCCUUUCAAUGUCAAAAGUCUACGUGGAGUUGAGUAUUAUAUUCGACGAGUUAAGUUGUCAGCAAUACUCACCUAACUGUCAACGUAAUCCAUAAACACGUUUCAUUUUAUCUACUCGCACGUGUGUUCACCGCGCGCGUACACGGUAGAUCCUGAUAAUCUUCCGAAAGUUAGAUGGGCUUCAAAGAUGCAACAACAAAAGCCCAUAUAAGUUUGGACCUUAGUAUUUUACACAAUGUUAACUUCAUAUCUUCGCCAUAAUCCAAAAUUUACAAGAAACAAAGAUCUUUUGAUUGCGAGUAUUCUAUUAUAUUCUCGAUUUUGGAAGUUGUUUUAAACAAACUCGAUAAAAUCAAAUGUUAAACCAUUGAAUACACCAAACAAAAAGAUAUACGCAAUAUAUACUCACUGAAUAUAUCAUAUAAAUUUAUUAGAUUUUGUUCGUCAACUUGCUAUAUAUGUCAAGAAUAGGUAAACUACAUUUUCCAAAGUCUGAUUCUUUGAUUAUAAACAUUUUAAAAUGCCGAAAAUUUGUUUUAAAAUAAAUAUUAUUUUUAAUAUGAAAUUUAUUUUUGUGAGCUUUUUUUAUGAAUCAUAUUAUGUAAAAAAUAUAGUUGUUUAAAAAAUUAAUUGUUUCCUUUAAUAAAUGUUUUCUUUUUUUUAUAUAUGCUAUUUGAAAAGAAUUAAAAAGUAAAAUCUAAAAAAUUACAUAUAUUAUCUUUAGUUCAUUAAUGUUACUCUAUGAUUGAUCAACCAUUGUAACAAUUAACAUAAGCGCCAAAAGUUAGCAAAAAAUUUUUUUAACAUAAACGCAUAUAGUGCUUUUUCAAAUAAUAUUAUAGAAAAUAUCUUGUGAUUUGUCAUUUAAGACAAAAUAAAUCUUAAUUUACUAUAUUAUUUUCUAGUCAAAUAAGAUUCGUUUCCUUUUAUAGUGUUUCCAUUCUAAGUAAUUUAUUUUUAAAAAUGUCUUAAGAAUUAAUCAUUUUUACACUCUAUAAAACAUAAUGAUAAUAAAAGGGAGAAAAAAACUAUAUUGACAUUUAUGGUGAAAUAAUAAUACUAAAUGUCCAUUUGUCUAUAAAAGCGAGUUUGGUCCUCAAAUCGCAAAGCAUUCAGAAGCAUCUCCUUCAGAAGCAUCAAAAACAGUUCUCAAAGUUUCCUUCAGAAAAAGAUUAGGCAAAAAUGUUCAUUGAAAGCUUCAAGGUUGAAUCUCCAAAAGUGAAGUACACGGAGAAUGAGAUUCAUUCAGUGUACGACUACCAAACCACUGAGCUUGUUCAUGAGAGCAAAAACGGCGCGUAUCAAUGGACCGUGAAGCCAAAAACCGUGAAAUAUGAGUUUAAGACCGACACUCAUGUUCCUAAACUUGGAGUGAUGCUCGUUGGUUGGGGAGGAAACAAUGGUUCUACUCUUACCGCUGGUGUUAUCGCCAAUCGCGAGGGAAUAUCCUGGGCUACGAAGGAGAAAGUGCAACAAGCUAAUUAUUUCGGGUCAUUAACCCAAGCAUCCUCUAUCCGGGUAGGAUCAUUUAAUGGGGAAGAAAUCUAUGCUCCCUUCAAAAGUCUUCUCCCCAUGGUUAAUCCGGAAGAAAUAGUGUUUGGGGGAUGGGACAUAAGCGAUAUGAACUUAGCAGACGCUAUGGGACGAGCCAAGGUCCUAGACAUCGACCUCCAAAAGCAGCUGCGUCCGUUCAUGGAACACAUGGUCCCCCUCCCUGGAAUCUACGACCCAGAUUUCAUCGCAGCUAACCAGGGAUCCCGUGCCAACCACUUGAUCAAAGGCACCAAGAAAGAACAGCUAGAACAAGUCAUCAAGGACAUCAGGGAUUUCAAAGAGAAAAACAAAGUGGACAAGGUGGUGGUGCUAUGGACGGCCAACACAGAAAGAUACAGCAAUGUGGUGGCUGGUCUUAACGACACGACGGAGAAUCUCAUGUCAUCUUUGGACAAGAAUGAGGCUGAGAUUUCUCCUUCUACACUCUACGCCAUUGCUUGUGUUCUUGAGAACGUUCCUUUCAUCAAUGGAAGCCCACAAAACACUUUUGUCCCCGGGCUUAUUGAAUUAGCAAUCAAGAGAAACAGCUUGAUCGGUGGUGAUGACUUCAAGAGUGGUCAGACCAAGAUGAAAUCUGUCCUCGUCGAUUUCCUUGUCGGCGCUGGAAUCAAACCAACCUCGAUAGUGAGCUACAAUCACCUUGGAAACAACGAUGGCAUGAAUUUGUCGGCGCCGCAGACAUUCCGGUCUAAGGAGAUUUCUAAGAGCAAUGUGGUCGACGACAUGGUUGCUAGCAAUGGUAUUUUAUUCGAUUCCGGUGAACACCCUGACCAUGUUGUCGUCAUUAAGUAUGUGCCAUAUGUUGGAGACAGCAAGAGAGCCAUGGACGAGUACACGUCAGAGAUUUUCAUGGGAGGGAAGAACACAAUUGUGAUGCACAACACUUGUGAAGACUCUCUCUUGGCUGCUCCCAUUAUUUUGGACCUUGUUCUUCUCGCCGAGCUCACCACCAGGAUCGAGCUCAAGGCCGACAAUGAGGGAAAGUUCCAUUCUUUCCAUCCAGUGGCUACUCUUCUGAGUUACCUCUCCAAGGCACCAUUGGUCCCACCUGGCACGCCAGUUGUGAACGCUUUGUCGAAGCAGCGUGCAAUGCUUGAGAACAUACUCAGAGCUUGUGUUGGACUUGCUCCAGAGAACAAUAUGAUUCUCGAGUACAAGUGAAGAAGAGAUCAGUCAGGAGAUCCGCUUCAUUUAGCUUUGCUUCAUUUUAUGUUUUCAUGAAUAAGUACCUUUUUAUAAGGGUUGACUUCUUAUUUAAGCCUUAUAUUAUAUAUUGCCGAGCCAAAUAUUGGUGUCUCGUGCUGAAUUAAAAGUCGUUAACAAACGUGAGGUCUGAGAUCCAGAUUUGUAUCGUUUUUAAAUAAUAUUUUUCUGUUUCAUUUCAGAACAUAACUAAAAGCCAAAACUAUUCUCU